AAUGUUUGUUUGGAAUUUUUUUUAACGAUACAGACAAUUUGGACUUUGUGGCUGUCUUAUCUAGUUGAAACCCUCGGACCCAGGAUGAUUUGACUGCAGUCUACCUAUCAAACAUGGCUGACCAAAACAAAACAUCAGCUGAAGUCGAAUUCGGCAAUGAAUUACUAAGGUAAGAGUACAGUUUGAACGCCGUGUUUUUUAAUAGUCACUGGGUGAAUCGUUUUUACAUAAUAGUUUUUGUUAAAUAAGCUAGCUAAUUUCGUACAGUUUUGUUGUGAAAUUCGAACUGUUUACAUAUGCACGUGUUAGCAGCUAGCUAGUUAACCCUCGUAGACGUUAACUGCUACGGACAACGCUAGCUAUGGAACCUGAAUAUGUGGUCGCCCUCUGUGUCAGCGGUCGAAUAUUUUAAUGGAUGUCUAACCGAAUUAACUAAAUGGAAGAGCGGCAUUUUCUGGGGGUGAUUUCUUACCAUAUAUAGUGAGUAAGACAUGUAGCCAGUGCUGACACCAAUUGUAGACAGUCAGUCCCUGCAACUUAUUGUGCUUCUGAUUCAAUCACAGCCCAUCUGAGCUGUUCGAAGCCCGCACGCGCAGCCACAAGAUCCCGGUGCGCGGGCAGAAGGAUUUCAUUCCCACUGGGUCGGAUCGCCAAAGGGAUAGGCUUCAGCAGAGUUUGGACGAGCACUGGAAUCUAGUAUCUGAGGAUCGAGUGGAGAGGCUGUGAGUAAUGGAUGGAUGGAGGAACCAAGGACGACUAGACUAGAGUGACCGCCACUAGUAGAAUUAGAUACUGUAUGUGCCAUCAACUUUAUAUAUUGGUUGGGUAGAUGAUUAGACAUAGUCCAUAUGUAUUUGCAGCUAAUAUACAUGUCAAUUCAUUGGUAUUACUGUGCUUUACAGCUGGUGGCUUGACUGACUCCUUUGUUUUUGUGCCAAGGGGGAACCUGGUGAAGGCUGUGUGGAUUCCCAGUGACAGGAUAGUGGAGCUGCAGUCACCAGCGGUGAGUAAUGGUCCAUCAGAGAGAGAGAGGGACUUUGCCAUGACAAACUCUCUGCCUCUGCUGAUGUCUAUUCGAACUCACCUAGAGCUCACCUCUCAUUAACAUUUAGUAUAGGCUAAUGUCUAAAGAUUUCACAUGAAAACUGACAUUACAUUACUUCUCUGUUCUGCCCUAGGGGAAGUUUUGGCAGACAAUGGGGUUUUCUGCCCAUGGUAAGCAAUGUCUACAUCCAGAAGAGGCGCUCUAUCUAAUGGAGUGUGUAAGUGCAUGGGCUCUGCGUUGCCAAUAAACAUGUUAAUCAGGGGAGUUGUUACCAGCUCACACCAUUCAGGUUAUAACUAUCCCUAGCCGGAAUGUUGUUAACCUAAUAAAGACAUUUCCAUUAGUUUGAUAUGUGGAUCCAAAUAAGACUAACACAGUUUAUGUAAUUCAGACAAUCAUGUAUUUUCUUAUAAUUGUGAUCCCUUGUGAUCCUCAUAAUGAAUAGGGAAACCUGCAAGUGUUCUACCAAGACCUGCCACUGUCCAUCCAAGAGGGCUAUGAGAGAUUUCUAUACUCAAAGACAAUGAGUAUACAGCAUUACCAGGUAUGAGAAAAUACAAUAUAAUAACAUUUAAGCAGGUAUAAACAAUGUAUCACAGAGAGUAAAGAUCCUAAAUCAUAAACGUAUGAUUUGACCUAACAUGAUGAUUUUAUUUCCUCUAAAGGUUUUUGGCCAUUUGAAGCGACUUGGCUAUGUGGUGAACAGAUUUGAUCCCAGGUAAUUGUCUCCCGCACGGGCAUGAACUAGUCUAGAUUCUAAGGCCAUUCCUCCCUUUAACUGGAACCUUUUCCUAAGUUGCAUGCAAGCGACUGUAUUUAUGAUCUGAGGAUUGGUGUUGUUCCCUGUAGUUCUGUGCCAUCGCAGUAUGAGAGGCAGUUGAACCUGCCCCAGUCCCGAGACAGAUCAGGAAGACUUUCGAAGAGGAAACGCAGCCACAGCCCCACCUCCAGGUGAGUGAGCAGACACAGACACACCCAAUUUAUAUUUAGACAUGGUUUAAUCACUCAGUCAACCCACACACCUCAAUGUGAUUACUGUCCAAUGUGAAACCAUGCCUUUCUGACUCUUCUACUGCGCUCCAGGCACACAGGAACACAGGAGGGCCCCACUUCUAAGAGAAUGGAGGAGGAGUUAGACUGCAACAGAGAGGAAGAGGACAAGAAUCCUGACCCUCUUACAGCCCCAGACAUUGAUGAAAUCCAGACAGCAUCACACGUUGACCCCACCACCUCAACCGAGGGUGGCCAGGGCAGGAGCUGGUGGUCAAAGGAAGGCUCCCCAGACCCUGAGCUGCCAGGUCAGCUCCAGAGCUCUGGCUCCCCACGCUGGGACUUCAGCUCCAUCCCCUUCCCAGACCUGGGCUCCAGACGCUGGCUCCCCAGCAGCCUGACCUCCCCAGACCCCUGCCUGCUGCCCGGGGCUGUGGGGUCAGUGGGGGCUUGCGAUGUGGCCCCCUGGCUGCAGAGGCUCAACCUGCGGGAGGUGAGAAUGUCCCGGCGGGAGAGGGAGAGGGAGCGGGACAGGGACCGGUACCGGAGGGACGUCAACCAGGACAGAGAGGUACGACGUUGCAGGAACUGGGCAGAGUACCGGGAGCUGCAGGAGAGAAGGAUUCAACGGAGCCGCAGAGAUAGGCCGGCACACCUGUGGGAGGGGCCGGUCACACCCCUACAUGACCCUGCACAGGUUUCUUCAACUGGUAAGACUAACUGGACCUCAUUGCUGUCAAUGACAAGUUCAUAUAAGUUCCCAUAUCGGUUUACUCUCUGUGAUUCAUCGUUACAUGAACUCAUUAUCCCAUGUGGUUUACCGAAGUUUAAUUACAUUGUUCAUAAGCAGUAUCAUGAAUGGUUAAAGGUCUAAAUGGUUUUGACGUUUCUUCCUUCUUGGACGCAGGUGAGCUGCUGGAUAAAAUCAAUGUGAUCAAAUCCACACGGCUGCUGGAGGGAGCAUCCAGGUAUUCCUCUCUUUAGGAUCUUAUCUAGAAACCAUAAGUGAAUUUAGUAGGAAAUGCUAGUUAUUUUCUAGGCUUUUCUGAGUGUUCCAUCCCGGUUUGUGGUAAUUGGAUCUCCCUGCUCAUUCAUCAUAACAUCUAUUAAGAUGAGUGAAAUUACAGUUAAUGAAAUUGUGCCCUUAAUCCAGUAUAAACUAAUGUAUAGAAUUUAUUAUACAAGAGACUAAAUUCACAAAUUCUACAGCACAAUGGCAGAGUCAUGUCUUAAGUGUAAAACUAAUAAUGACUCAAUAAUCCAUGCCUUCUGGGAAUGCUAUAAAGUCCAGAAGUUGUGGGCGGAGAUAGAAAGUUGUCAGUCAGAAGUAUUAGAAUGUAAAUGUACUUUUAAUCCGUCUGUCUGCAGAUUUCAAGACAUGGCAUAUGGGGGAGUACAGUCAUGGUCAAAAGUUUUGAGAAUGACACAAAUACACAUUUUCACAAAGUCUGCUGCCUCAGUUUUGAUGAUGGCAAUUUGCAUAUACUCCAGAAUGUCAUGAAGAGUGAUCAAAUGAAUUGCAAUUAAUUGCAAAGUCCCUCUUUGCCAUGAAAAUGAACGUAAUCCCCCCAAAACAUUUCCACUGCAUUUCAGCCCUGCCACAAAAGGACCAGCUGCCAUCAUGUCAGUGAUUCUCUCGUUAACACAGGUGAGUGUUGACGAGGACAAGGCUAGAGAUCACUCUGUCAUGCUGAUUGAGUUAGAAUAACAGACUGGAAGCUUUAAAAGGAGGGUGGUGCUUGAAAUCAUUGUUCUUCCUCUGUUAACCAUGGUUACCUACAAGGAAACACGUGCCGUCAUCAUUGCUUUGCACAAAAAGGGCUUCACAGGCAAGGAUAUUGCUGCUAGUAAGAUUGCACCUAAAUCAACCAUUUAUUGGAUCAUCAAGAACUUCAAGGAGACAGGUUCAAUUGUUGUGAAGAAGGCGUCAGGGCGCCCAAGAAAGUCCAGCAAGCUCCAGGACCGUCUCCUAAAGUUGAUUCAGCUGCGGGAUCGGGGCACCACCAGUGCAGAGCUUGCUCAGGAAUGGCAGCAGGCGGGUGUGAGUGCAUCUGCACGCACAGUGAGACGAAGACUUUUGGAGGAUGGCCUGGUGUCAAGAAGGGCAGGAAAGAAGCCACUUCUCUCCAGGGAAAACAUCAGGGACAGACUGAUAUUCUGCAAAAGGUACAGGGAUUGGACUGCUGAGGACUGGGGUAAAGUCAUUUUCUCUGAUGAAUCCCCUUUCCGAUUGUUUGGGGCAUCCGGAAAAAAGCUUGUCCGGAGAAGAGAAGGUGAGCGCUACCAUCAGUCCUGUGUCAUGCCAACUGUAAAGCAUCCUGAGACCAUUCAUGUGUGGGGUUGCUUCUCAGUCAAGGGAGUGGGCUCACUCACAAUUUUGCCUAAGAACACAGCCAUGAAUAAAGAAUGGUACCCAACACAUCCUCCGAGAGCAACUUCUCCCAACCAUCCAUAAGGCAAAAGUGAUAACUAAGUGGCUCAGGGAACAAAACAUCGACAUUUUGGGUCCAUGGCCAGGAAACUCCCCAGACCUUAAUCCCAUCAAGAGGCGGGUGGACAAACAAAAACCCACAAAUUCUGACAUACUCCAAGCAUUGAUUAUGCAAGAAUGGGCUGCCAUCAGUCAGGAUGUGGCCCAGAAGUUAAUUGACAGCAUGCCAGGGCGGAUUGCAGAGGUCUUGAAAAAGAAGGGUCAACACUGCAAAUAUUGACUCUUUGUAUAAACUUAAUGUAAUUGUAAAUAAAAGCCUUUGACACUUAUGGAAUGCUUGUAAUUAUACUUCAGUAUACCAUAGUAACAUCUGACAAAAAUAUCUCAUAACACUGAAGCAGCAAACUUUGUGAAGACCAAUACUUGUCAUUCUCAAAACUUUUGACCACGACUGUAGUGAGAUACCCAAUGGGCUGGAUGAUUCUCAUCACUCAUCUUGAAAAAAAUGUAUACUAAAAAUGGGGAAAUCUGCCAUCAUUAACAAAAUUGAAAAAUCUAAUGAUUUAGUAUUGAAAUAGCAUGGGUGACCGAGGAAAAACAAAUUGAUACAAUUUAAGACCAAGUGGCAAACAGUAAUGCAGGCACUAGGGAUGAGGGUGUGAGCAUGCGUUUCUGGGCAGAUUAGAUGUAGUCAUUGUUUGUGUGGGUCUGUAAAUUGUUGUUCGUAUAAGUUUGUAUAUGGAGUGAAAAAAUAAAUAAGAUGAGUGAAACCCUAUACUGUGGGUUUGUUGAAUAUGAUUAAUAUUAUCUUAGGAUGACAUAUACAAUAUGACGUAGUGGUGCCUGCCAUAGAAAUAUAUUACAUCUAUUUCUAUGGUGCCUGCAUGUGUUUUGACAUUGGGCCUUGUCCUCUCAGUUUGAAAGGUUCAGAGGAGUGGAGGAUCCGUUUCAACAUUUACCAACCCGACACGGUCGCUGAAUUCAAGAAGAGCACUCCCGGAAAACCCUAUUCUCGCAUGUGUGUGUGCAGGUAAACAUCCAAAAACUGGCGGGGGUGUGUUUGCAUACUUUAUAAUCACUUUUAAAAAAUACAUUAAAUAUAUAAUACCAUUUUCAAAAGAGAUGACAAGACCACCUGCCAUCAAAAGUAAUCCUAAAUGCAUUAUUAUCAAAUGCUACUGCACAACGAAUAAUGUGCUGUCUUCUCCCAGUUUCGAUGGUCCAGUGCCUGACUUGUGGACACUGAAAUUGCUGGCUUUCCAGAGUGGGGACAUCCCGGUCACCUAUGCAGUGGUGGACCACGGGGACAUCUCCUUCUACUCCUUCAAGGAUUUCCAGAUACCCACAGACAUGUCCUUCUGAGGGCCUGACCACAGCAAACAGUCACAGAGCCCUAGUUUAACUACUGUACCCUGCCAGGACUGACUGGGGUGGAUCUGAAACUCUGCAACUAAUGCCAAAGAAAUCACACUGCUUGAUGAUGUAGUAUGCCUUCCUCCUGUGUUGCAGACUUCUUUUAGUGGCAUAUGAUCGUCUGCAUCUGAUUGAAGGUAACCUACAUAGUCACCUCUCCAAACAAUGUCACCAUGUCUCAUACCAAGCAUGGUUUUGUAAAGACUCUGAAGAUUUUGAACCGAAUUGACUCGGUUUUCUUCUGCCUUUAUCUCAUCCCCACCAUUUGGUUUCCUGGUAUUCAUAUAAUGUGUCAGGAGUGGCUUCACUAGGUAUGCACUUAGUAUAGAUACGGUAUGUGUAGAUUAUUCGUAUAGCUCAGCCCUUGGUUUUUGUCUGCUAUCUGCCCAUGUUUGAGAUGUAUCGAGUCAGCUUUACUGACUGGCCUUUUGUUGUUGUAACCUCACGUUUAAGUUACCUGACUCCUGUUCUCUUGUUUUUGUUUCAAAUUGCUUGUAAAUUGUGGUCUGUAUCUGUAGAGUUUCUUCACUUUAUGAUUUUGUGGUUGAGUUAUUGUUGCAUCGUUCUCAUUGGUUUACUGUCCUUCCUAACAAAACCAAUCCCCCCCAAACCCAAGUAGUGCCUACCAUACAUUUCUGCCCAUGACAUAAAGAAAAUAACCUUUAUUCUACUUUUAUGACAUUCUGUCUGCAAUCUAUGGGUCUAGUAAGCCUCUCUGUAAUAAUGUUUUCUUUCCAUUUCCUUUGGGUGGCGUAAUCUGAAAAUGUAAAGCACAUACUCUUCUCUCAUAUCAGUCCACAAACUCAGUGGUGGUAAAACAUUCAGUUGAGGUUACUGACCACAACCUGCUCCUCUCAGCUCUAGCUUACCAGCAAACCCUGUCCAUCUGUGACGUGCAGUACAAUAAUAAACUGGAUCUCCACCCUUCAGGAUCACAUUGUCUCUAAGUUAAUAGGUUAGGAGGUGCAUCAAACUGCAGAUUUGAUUCAUAAUAGAAGGGUCAUUCCAUGAAGAGUGCCUUUUGCAUCCUUUUCAUAUUUUAAGGAGGAAUUGUUCACCAAUAUUGCAUUUUAAAAGCAUGUUAUAUUAAAUGAAGUGCCCU